AUGAAUACAAACAGAUUUUAUAUUCAUAAUAAAAUGGAAGAAGAUAAAAAAGAACAUAAUAAUAAAAUAAUAAAAAAUAAAUUAUUUGAUCCAGAACAAAUAUUUGGACACCCACCUGAUCAUAAGAAUGCUGAUGGGACUUUAAAAUGUUAUGUAAAUUGUAAUGCUAAUGUAUAUAAUCCUUCUAAAGGCAGUGUAAUGCAUGGAAAUAAUGGGUGUAGACAAAGCUUAGGAAAUAAUUAUAACCAAAUGGGAAUAUAUAAAAAUAAUGAAAAAUAUAAUGAAAAUUAUAACAAUAAGAAUGAACAGGAUCAUAGACAAAGUAAACACAAUGAUGAAAUAAAAGAAAUAAUUGAAAAUGGUAAUGUAAAAAGAAAAACAUUAUUAUUUAAUAAUAUUGUAGAUUCAAAUAAACAACUAAACAAAAAUUUUAAUGACUUAGAAAUGAAUAAAAAAAGAGAUAGUGAUGUAAAAAGAUGUGUAGAAUAUUUUAAUUCAUUACGUAAAGAAAAUGGUGAUAUUAAAACAAUACUUGAAAAUAAUAAUUUCAAAGAAUUAAAUAUUCCUAAAGAACAUUUAAACAAUGGUAAAUUUUUAAAUUAUUUAGAUUAUUAUAAAAAACAUGAUUUAAAAGAAUUAAUAAAUUACUUUGAUGAAAUGAAUACAAAAGAUAAUAAUAAACAUCUUUUGUCUCAAAAUAAAAAUCAAACUACCACAUCAAGGUCGAGCAGUGAAAAAAAUAAUUAUAAUGACAAAAAAUUAAACAAUGAUGAAAAACAAAAGGAUCUACUAAAUUCGAUACCAAAUAAAAUAUCAGAAAAUAAAACUGAAAAUUUAAAGACGCAAAAAAACAAACGAUCCCAAAAUCCAUCAUUCAAUAAUGAUGGUGAAACAGAUGAAAAAUUAUUUUAUCAAAGAAAAAAAACAAAACUUGAAGAACCAGAACCAGUAUUUUAUACCAUAGAUGAUUUAUUUGGUUAA